AUGAUAAUAGAAACUUUAAAUAAAUUCCAUAUUCCUUUAAGAAACGUUUAUACCAUUACUACGGAUAAUGGUGCUAAUCUAGUCAAAUCUAUUAAAUUAUUAAAUGAAUGUUCAUUGGACGAAAUGGAUGAUAUAGAUAUAAAUAAUGAUGAUAAUAAUUUUGAGGACAUAAGUGAAUUUGACAUACCGGAGAUAAUAAAAGAUUUUUCCACGAAGAUAUACUGUAUCAGAUGUGCAGCCCACACACUACAAUUAGCUAUUAAUGAUUCCCUCAAAAAUAAUAUCUUUAAAACUAUAAUUGACAAAGCAAGGGAUGUUGCUAAAUAUUUAAGAACUCCUACAAUUGUACGAAUAUUAAAAUCCAUGAAAAGGCAAAUGGCAAUAUUAGAUUGCACAACCCGUUGGUCCUCUAUCUGUAUGAUGCUAGAGCGAUUAAUAAGUUUAAAAGCUUUCUGUGAUGAUUUUAUUAUAGGAUCAUGUGAAAUCAUUUUGUCAGAGGAUGAUUGGAAUCAAAUCAAAGACCUUACUAGGGUGUUGGUUCCUUUGAAAAUUACUACAUUACGAUUGCAGUCAGAACAGUUGUGUUUAUCCGAUUUUUAUGGCAUAUGGGUGAGAUGUCGAUUAGAAUUAGAAAAAUUUACAAGUUCCUUUUCUUACGAAAUAUUAGAAAACAUGAAAAUACGAGAGCAACAAUAUUUGAAAAAUAGUGUUAUGUAUGCCUCAAUAUAUUUAAAUCCUCGAUAUCAAGUUCUAUUAAGUAUUGAACAAAAGCAAAUGGCAAUAGACCAUCUCGACGAUUUAUGGCAUAACCAUAACUCUAUUAUUAACAAUACAUUGGAGGCUUCAACAUCUAAUGGUUGUAGCGAUAGUAAUGAUGAUAGUAAUAUUGACGAUCUCGAAAUUUUAUUAUUAGAUAGAGAAAAAAAAAUAAAAUUAUCAUCAGGAUCAGAUAGAAAGGUGAAAAAAAUAUCGAUUGUAUCUUUAAUUGAAAAAUUCUCAGAAGUUAUAAGAAAUAAAAGGGAUAAAAAUAUUUUAACAUUCUGGGAGGAAAAUUCUCUAAUAUAUCCUGAAUUGUAUACCUUGUCUAGAUUCGUCAUGGCUGUACCGGCGACACAGGUCAGCGUAGAACGCGGAUUUUCUUCUUUGAAAUACAUAUUGUCUAAUUUACGUGGAAAUCUCAAGGAUGAUAUUUUAGAAGAUAUUAUGAUCAGGGCAACACCUGUGGAAUUAUUCUUAGGGAGAACCAAAGUGCCCUUAGAUUGUUUAAAGCAAAAAGUUACUAUGAAUAUUUUACCCUUAGAUAUUAUACCUAUAAAGUUUCCAGUGGGACAAAAGGUUUGGACCAGAUUGUUUGAUAGUAAACAUAAAAAAUGGGGAGGACAAAUAUUAAAAAAUUGUGGACACAAAUUAAGUCAGACCCAAUCCCAAUUAAUCAGCUUCAAGAACCACUUUGUGCAGAUAACUAUUAUUCCAAAAGACAUGGGAAUGCGGUUUGAUACCUCCAAUUCUAUAGAAGGAAUGCCCCACAUGAAUAAUGUUACCGAGGUGCGUAAAAGACGAUGCUUUAGAUGCAAUUCUGAGGAUCAUCUGAUUCAACAAUGUCCUUCUAGCGCUUAG